AUGAAUAUUUCGGAUAUUCAUGCACUUGCCUAACUAAUAUAGCCUGAAGAAGAGGAGGGCUCUUUCUCUAAUAUUAAUAAUAAUCCAAAUAAGGGAAGUAUUUUUGCUCCUAGUGAUAUUGGAUCAAAUGGUUAAAAAAAGGAAGUUGCCAAACCUUAUGCUUAAAUAUAAGUGAAGCUUGGGUAAAAGGAUUAAGAUCAACAAGUUGUUUAACAAUAGGAGAAAUAGAAAAAUAAAGUUGCAGACAAAAAUGAUAUAUGGGAUAUUGAUGAAGUUUCUGUAUAAAAUAGGCCAAGAUUGGAUAAUAGGUAAAGACCAGAUGUAGAAGUAUUAUAUAAGCAAAUAGUUGGAACAGAAGAUGUUUUUGGUGGAUGGAGUGGAAUUGAUCCAAGUUCAACUAAGUGUUAAGGAUUGCUUGUAAAGAUUAAAUUACUUGAUACUAAGUUAUCAGAAAUAAAUUUAGAAGUGAUGAAGCAACAGAUCAUAAUGUCGAGUACUCAAUAUUAUUUGGAUUUUAUCCUACCUUACCCAGUAAAUGAGAAAAUGGGAAAGGCAAAAUUUAUUUCAGACAAAUCAAUCUUGGAAAUAGAAUUACCAAUUAUUCGUGAAGAAUUAUAUUGA